UUUGAAAUACCUUUGUUCAUGCCUUCAUUUCGAAUGAUAACAGUCAACACACAAGGCAAUGAUCUCUCGCACGUGUUCUCAUCGAGAACUCGUGUGAAAAGUUGAAAGAUAGAAUGCGGAUUGAAAAAUCACAAUCAAUAACACAGAGUUCAUGUUUGUGCCUUCCAAUGUACAAUCGAUAUCCCCAGAUACACACAGCGUUGAUGGACCAAACUUGUGCGGUGUAAAUAUCAACUUACUUCCCACAUCUGACAUAUCAUGGACAGACAACGUUACCGUGACGACCGCAGACAGUCCAGUCAUUCCUCACAUCGUAGAGGCUAUCAAGAAGAAAGAAGAGGCCCUCGCUAUGAUGAUGACAACUAUGAUGAGUAUGAUGACGGCCAGUACUAUGAGAGAUCCCCAAAUAAGCGUAGGAGACGGGAUGACUACGACAGCAGAUCGGACUAUCACGAUGACCAGUAUGACAAGAGGUAUGACAUGGAGACUCAGUACUACACGCGCAAGAGCCAACAGUUUGACGAUGAUGAUUGGAUUGAUGACAGGCGGGGUGGUCAUGACAGCUAUCAUCGCGACGAGGACUAUGAUGACUCGCGUCACAGACAUGGAGAAAGGCGGAGAAGCUAUGAUAAUCAUGGCUCCAGAAGAGAGCCUGAAGGAUUUCAGAGACGAGGUAUUUAUCGGGAUGAACCUAUGAGUAGGAGGGGAAGAGGGAGUUACGAACGGCGUGAUAAUAUUCAACGUCGAGAUGAUUACAAAUGGCAGGGGGAUUAUCAAAGAAGAGGGAGAGGAAGAGGCAGUUAUCAGCACAGGAGGGAUGACAGCUACCAUCCCCGCCCGUAUAGGCGCAGACAUUAUGAACAUCAUGACAGAAAUCGUGAUGAUCCGUCCAGUUCGGAAUGGAGCGGGAUUGAAGAUGAAGAGGAGGAUGAAGAGGAAGAAAAAGUAGAAACAACCAAAGAUGCGGAAGGUGAUGAAAAGAUGGAUGAAAAUAAAGUAUCGAGUACGCUGACAGAGGAAGUGAGCCCACCAACAGAGGAAGACAUCUCUAAGAUGGAGAAGAACAACCUUGAUGACCUUGCUAGUAGUAUUUUGUUGAUUCUUUUUGAAAAUCUGGACGGCAGCUGCACCCUGAAUGGAUUACGCCUUGAGCUGAUCAUGAAGGAUGUGGCUGUUUUCAACAGUUCCACAAAUCUGAAGGAAUUCCUUCUGAAAUACAAAAGUGUAUUCCUAGUGACAACCUUGUCUGAAGAGGCAGACACCGAUGUCAAGGAAGAGCCUGCAGAGGCCUCAAUGGAAGAAGUAAAAGAGGAAGAGAAAGUAGAGGAGAAAGUGGCGGAGAAGGUGGAGGAGGAGGGGGAGAAGGAGGAGGACAAGAAAGAAGCAGAAGAAGCAGUGAAAGAAGAAAAGACUGAAGCAUCAAAGGAACAGGAGGAAGAGAAGAUGGAGGACAAAGAAGAGCCCGGAAGCUCAACCCCGGACAUGGACACUGAUAAACCAAAGCCUGAAACUGAAGAAGAGGUGAAGAAGCCGAAAGAGGAAGAAGGUGCUGGAGAAGCUGCCGAGGAGACGGCAGACGACAAGGAUGACCACCUGAACGUGACCGCUACACCAACACUACGAUUGUGUUUGUCUCAUUCAACAAAAGCUUCAUCUUGUAAAGGGAAGUGCAAGUCUCUUCAUGUUUGUCGUUAUUUCGUGCUCAGCAAAUGUGACAUUGUAGAUACUGGGAAAAGAUGUUUGUUUGGUCAUGAUAUGGACUCCAAAUAUAACAAGUACAUCUUGAGAAAAUCUCUUCUUCACAAGUUUCCACCUCGUUUAGCUCAAAAAGUUCUUCUGAAUUUGAAGUACCGGAACCGCACCACGUUGCCAGUUGUGUGCAGGUUUUACAACACAUUCUGGGGCUGUAAGAAUUCCAGAAACAACAGCUGCCCUUUCUUGCAUAUAUGUGAAGAUUACAUUCUCGGCUUUUGCAAAUCAGAGGAUAAGAAAUGCCGCUUCCGCCAUGAUAUAAGCCAUAGUCAGCCUGCUGCUAUUCUAGAACGUUAUGGCAUGUCGACAAGUGAGAAAAAUCCCAAGGAUGAGAUCUUGAAAGCGUUGAAAAGAUCAAUGAUGAUGAGCAAGAGAGGUGCUGCUAGCCACAGCAGACUUCCUCCGCGGGCACAGUCAGUUGUUUCGGGUGAAGGCGAGGCAGAAAAGGAGGAUGAUGAUGUGGAGAUGGAAACCAAGCUGAAGUGGCAGUGUCGGACGACGCAGCAACGAGGCAGUGCCUGGCUAGACAUUGAUGAGAGCAGUAAGAUUGAGGACAAGUAUGCAGUCUACAUGAAGGCAAGGAAGUACACCUUUACAAUGGCUGAAAGAGAAAGUGAGAUCAACUUUGACAGAAUGUCUGGCCACACAACUGGCGGCUUGCACUUGGAGUUCCGUCGGGUCAGUGAGAAAGUUCCGAAGAAGGCUCCCGAGACCAGCAAUACAGAACCACCAGCCAAGACCAGCACCUGAUGCAGGCUGAUGGCGGUGGAAGGAUGAAGACCUGGGUGGUUGUAGAUAAUGUUCUUGUACAGUCAUGUCACAGUGGGAUGGUCCAUGUUGCACUAUGAUUGUGAUGUCGUUGGUACAGCUGUACAGUCCAGUAUCACAACGGCAUCACAACACACAACUGCCAGUGUGAUGUAUUGGGGACAGUGGGAUAGCCUAGUGGUUAAGUGUCUGGUAAAAUUAUCUACUUUGAAUCGUUCUACAGAAUCAUGUGUGAUAUGUUAUCAGCUCCUGGCUUACAUGUGCUAUUGUUUUCACCUCUGUUUGAUAUAGACGUAAGGAGAUUUGUUUGUAGAUGGGGAGCCUGUCUUUUUCCAUGUUAGUGAGCCACAAUGAAUUUUUUACGAAUAAUCUCGUUUUGUUUUUAUCAGUACAAUGCAUUUGGAAAUAUGUGUCGAAACGGUGUUCUGAGUUUUAAAUGAUACAAUUCUUGAAUACUGAUAUAAUUUUGAGACAAUCAAUCAGGAAGGUUAGAGAUGCGAGUGUUUUUGAUUAGUGUGAUAUAGUCAAGUGAGAUGAGAUGACGCGAGACUCUUUUCUUUAGACUUGGUUGUCUGCGUGUCUUCAGUAUGAUGUGUUAAAACAAGAAAACCCUUCAUCAUCCUUUUUAUGUCAUUUCAGAAUUGUGUAGAAAAUAUGUUAUCUCUAUGCUGAAAACAAAACAUGUUUAAAUCUUGUUGCAUAAUGUCGCACCUUGCAUACAGGACAAGUCUAGUGAACAUAGAAACCUUUUUGUACUUCAGGGCAUGCUUAAUCACAAAUGCUCACAAUAAAAUCAAAUUUGAUUUACGACAGUCUCAGCGCUUACACUAUCAUAAUUCCAAUACUUAAACAUAGAUUUAUGACUUAGCGGUGUGAUCACUUUGUGAAACAGGGCCACAAAGCCAUCUUACUGCAAGUCUUUUUAAGUGUGUGGGAGUUGUGUAGUCGCUAAUAUUCUCUGUGGAACGGAAGCCAAGCACAGAUAUGACAAUGUAAGCAAAUACAUGUUUGUCUGUGUGUAGAAUACUGGAAGAAAUGUGUUUCUAAUUGAUGCAGGUGGAGUAAAGACGUUUGACUUAUGAACCAAGUUUCAGUUUGAUGAUUGACAUGCUUGUGUUGUAUAGGGGUUGUGCCUUCUUAGUUUUCAGGGCCGGUUGGGUAGCCUGGUGGUUAAAGCAUUCACUCACCACAUCAAAAUCCCGGGUUCGAUUCCCGACAUGGGUACAAUGUGUGAAGCCCAUUUCUGGUGUCCCCUGCCGUGAUAUUGCUGGAAUAUUGCGCCGUAAAAUCCAACUCACUCACUCACUCUUAGUUGUCAGUGUUAGAAACUCUGCAGACAGCAGCCUUGAACACAGUUGUUUCUCAUCAUUAUCAUUACGAUUGAUAUAUAGGAUGGUUCAGAUUGCAUGAACUUAAUUGUAAUGCUACGACGAUUGAUGCAUUAUAAAUGAUUCUAAUGAAACUCAAGCAGUGUCUAAAAUAAAUCAAUUCCACAUUGACGUUUAUUUUUUAAAGGCUUUGUUUUUAUGAUUGACAGGCAGGUCGAUUCUAUGACAUUUGUAGAUCAGGAUUGUUAUAUAUAUCUUACUUGCAUUCAAAUCUCAGGCCUGAAUGCUCACAUAUGCAGAAGAAAAAACCCAUUGUAUUGGGUUGUAUAUUUUUAUUUACCUUCCAAAGCUGGAAACAAAUUUCAGUAAUAAACCAAACCCUCAAACUUAGGGGAGGGAAAGUAAAUCUUUCAAUUGUCAUUCUAAGAAGCACUGUAUGGACCACAUUUCAUUCACUUAUCAUAAUGAUUCAGUUCUCUUUAAAAAGGGGGUUUUACUAGUUUGUUCUGCCACUCAAUCUUAGUACACAUUGUUAGAAAGUAUUUCAUGAUUUAACUAGAUCUUUUGCUGGUGUAUUCAGCUGAAAUAUUUUUAAUCAAUUAAGUUAAUUUCUUUCUUCAGAGAAAACAAUGGCCUUCAAAAAACUCUUUGAAUGAUAAUGAUUGUACAUGGUAGGGACAGCAUUGAAUGAUAAUGAUGGGACAUGGUAGGGACAGCAUUGAAUGAUAAUGAUGGGACAUGGUAGGGACAGCAUUGAAUGAUAAUGAUGGGACAUGGUAG